UUCUCCUGGUGUACCUGUAAUCUCAGCGGGUUCAGUUUAGGACUUUGAAUACAAUGGUCAAUUUCUUAAUCUUGCGCACCUUGGGCUACAGAAGAUUCUCCGAAUAAACCGAGUGAAUCACUAUAAAUGUCAUAAAUGUCUACUGGUUCGUCGGGCAUCUGUCACUGCUUGUUCGCAGUUUUGCUAAAAACCAGCAAGAUAAAGAGCGCGGGAAGCGAAAUCAUAAAAGAAAAUUAUGGCCCUACGCAGUUACAACCUGUAUUCAGGAUUACACCUUUUUUUUUAUUUAUUUAUCUUCUCGUAAUUUUCUUUUUAUAUAUCAUCAGCUAUAUGGGUGGUUAGUUGAUGGCUUUACAUAUUCAAUUGAUUUCACUAUCUACCCUAGUCAGCGUUUGGUGAGUGAUUUAGAAAAGGCGGUAGACCUU